AUGGCACCGAAAAGAAAAAAGAAAACCGGGAAACUAACAAAAAUGACUGAUGAAGAAAGAGCAAUUUUCCUUGAACAACAAAGAGUUGCUGAAGAAGAACUAAAAACAAAAAAGAUGGCACUGUUAACUCAAUAUCUACAAGAUAAACUUAAACAUGAAGAACAAUUUACUAAACUUAAUCAAGCAAAACUGACGCAUUAUUGGCGAACUAUUAUGAGAGAGACGAAGUCAAAAGAAUUAAAAAGAACUAUAGAAAUAUUGUCACAAACAUUUGAAAGAAUUAUGGACCGAAAAGAAAGUAUCAUCAAAACACUUGUUGCGGAUCUUAGUGAGGCAGAUGAACAGCAUUUGAUGGCUUUGCGUGCUCAUUUACAGAAUGUAGAUAUUUUAAUAGAUUUACAAAAUCAAAGAUUACAUCAAUUAAAAAUUAAUUAUGAAAAGGAAUUACAUUCUUUGAUAGAAGAAUUCAUCAAAGAAGAAAACUUGACUAAACAACAACACGAUAAACAAGUGAAUGAUUUAAAAGAUAUAUUUGUUGCAUUGGAUUCUACAUAUACUGCUAAAACACAUGAAGCUGUCAUUGAUCAGACUAGUUUAAAAGAUGAUCUAAAAAAUAAAAGUUUAGAAGAAAAACAUACAUUAAGAAUAAAUUUAGAAAAUAAAGUCAAUAGUUUAUGGUCUGAAUUCAAACAAACAUCUAAUCAAUAUACAACAACAACAAAUGAAAAAAAAAUAUUUUUUGAAAAUUUAAAAACAAAAGAUCAACGUUCAACAGCUGAAAUUCAAUUACAUUUAAAUAAAAUACAAAAAAUUAAUGAGAAUAUAUCAAUUAUUAAACGUCAUAUAUUAAAAAUAUCUAAAGAAUAUGAAGAAAAAAAUUAUUAUUUAAAAAAAGAACGUGACAAGUUAAUUGGACGAUUUCAAAUUUUAAAAAUACAAAUCAAUAAAUUACAUGAUUUACAAUAUGAAAAAUUAAUUCAAAUGUCAAUUGAAAGUGAAGAAGCUAUAAAAAAGGUUCAAUGUUUAUUGGAAAAAGCAGAGAAAAUUAUUAAGUUAGGUGAACAAUGCAGAAAGUAUGAAACAGAAGAGGAAAAAGUUACACCAUUCUAUUCAUCAUCUUUAUCAGCGGAAGAAGAAAGUAUUGUGCAAGAAUCGUUUGAAAAAGAACAGAAUGAAGAAAUGAUGAAGAUAUUAAAACGAUGCCUUCCACUUGAAAUGUUUUGGAAAAGAUAUAAUAAAGUUCAAUUAGAUCGUUUAGCAAUAAUGAAAGAAUACAAUAUGUUAGAACAAGAAAAUAUUCAAUUAAAAUUAUUAUUAAAACAAUAUUUAGAUGGUAUAUCAGUGAAUAGUGAAGUGAUAUCUAGUGAUAAUUCAUUAAUUGUUAUCAAUGGACGAUCAAAUUUAAAACACUUGAAUAUAAUAGAUGAUCCACGAAUCAGAUUGAUAUCCACUGAUGAUCAUGAUGAUGAUAGUGUACUGCCAAAAGAAAUGAUAAACUAUGCUACUACUCCCGCUGCAGUUGACAAUCGAAUAAGACAGACAACUUAG